AUGUUAAACGGGUCAUGGUUAGCGGAUCCUUCUUCCUUGAAUACCUUUGUUCUUACAGUUUAUGCCGAUUUGAAAAACUUCCAUUUUCAUUACUGGAACUGCGUACCAGCUGCAAUUUAUCCUCGAAAUGUUUGGCAAAUUGAAAAGCCUUCUGUUUAUUCUUCAUCUACUUUAAUUAAUGAAUACCUCAAAAAAAAUGGCAACAAGCCUUUUGUUCUGAUCAACAACCUUCCCAACUCACUUGCUGUUAUUGCCUCAUUAGAUUUAAUUUCCACUGAUUAUGUUAUUGUGUUUCCCGAUCCAUCCACGAAAUGCGAUUGUCCUGGAUGGCCACUUAGAAACUUUGUUGCAGCUUUGGCUUAUACCAGGCAGGAUAUCAGUAAUACAAAAAUUCUUUGUUACCGGACAGGUGAACAAGUAAAGAGUGUUAUUAUUCAAAUAGCAUGGAGUCUAAAUGAAGACGAUUCAUUGAAAGAAAACAUUAGUAUAGUCGGUUGGGAUCGAAAUAUUAGUGGCCAGCUGGCAUCAAGAUUCAUGGAUCUCUCUACUACUAUGGAUCCUAUUCAGUCUGUCUUUUGCGUUUAUCUAUUGAUGAAAGAAAACGUUGAAUUGAAUCUUCGCUUAAUGAAAUGGCGAUUGGUGCCAGAAAUCAAUCUUCAGUGUUAUGGUGAUUUAAAAUGUUUGAUCCUUGGUUCUGGUACGUUGGGCUGCAAUAUAGCUCGAGGACUUAUCGGAUGGGGUGUGCAGAAUAUUACUUUCGUUGAUUGUAAUUUGGUAUCAUAUAGUAAUCCAGUCAGGCAAACAUUAUUCGAAUUCUCUGAUGCUGAAAAUGGGAAAUCAAAAGCUAAAGCUGCAAGCGAAGCUUUGCUUCGAAUUUAUCCCUUUCUUUGCGCUAAAGGUGUCGAUAUGAAAAUACCAAUGCCAGGCCAUCCAGUAAGUAACAAUGAAGAAGAGGCCGUGACAAAAAUUUUAAAGGAGUUGGUUGAUUUGAUUUGUUGUAACGAUGUUAUUUUUUUGGUAAUGGACUCGCGUGAAUCGCGAUGGUUACCAACUCUUCUUGCCUGUGUCCAUGGCAAGCUAGCAAUAAGUGUUGCCAUUGGAUUCGAUUCUUAUCUUGUGAUUCGUCAUGGUGUUUCCCAUGAACCAAAAAUGAAAAUCGAAGGGAUAUAUGGAGAUCUGAGCUUAGGAAAGGGUGAAACAAUUCCUGGAUCACUCCUUGGCUGUUAUUUUUGUACUGAUGUAACAGCUCCUGGCGAUUCAGUUAGUGAUCGCUCACUAGAUCAACAAUGCACAGUGAGUCGUGCAGGUGUAUCGAUGGCAGCAUCGGGUGUAGCAGUUGAACUGCUGGCUGCGUUGUUGCAACACCCAUUGCGUGGUGAAUCUCCUGCCCGAUCGGGUGAACCAGAUGAAUCUGAUACUAUUCUUGGUGCAAUUCCUCAUCAAAUAAGGAUGUUUUUUUCGAGAUUCCAACAAAUGACCCCAACUGUUCAACGUUUCGACCGUUGUAUUGCUUGUGGGCCUUCUGUUAUAUCCAGUUAUCGCACAGAUGGUAUUGCUUUCUUGUUUCGCGUUUUCAAUGAACCACAGUAUCUGGAAAAACUUACAGGGCUCGACGUAUUUCAGUCUACUGAUAUAGCUUUGUCAAAUUUUGAAUAUGAUACCGAUUCUUCCAUAUAA